UGCUAACCGCCCGUUAAAAAGAGGAGGCAAGAUGGCCGAGCUAGGCAGCAAAGGGGUCACCGCCGGGAAGAUCGCCAGUAACGUCCAGAAGAAGCUGACCCGGGCGCAAGAGAAGGUCCUUCAGAAGCUUGGGAAAGCAGAUGAAACAAAAGAUGAGCAGUUUGAACAGUGUGUGCAGAACUUCAACAAACAGCUGUCGGAAGGCACGAGGCUGCAGAAGGACCUUCGAACUUACUUGGCUUCUGUUAAAGCUAUGCACGAGGCCUCCAAGAAGCUGACAGAGUGUUUGCAGGAAGUUUAUGAGCCGGAUUGGCCUGGGAGAGAUGACACAAACAAAAUAGCAGAGAACAAUGAUCUCCUUUGGACAGACUUUCAUCAGAAGCUGGUGGAUCAGGCACUUCUGACCAUGGAUACAUACCUUGGCCAAUUUCCAGAUAUUAAAUCUCGUAUAGCAAAGCGAGGAAGGAAGCUUGUGGAUUACGACAGUGCCAGACACCACUUUGAAGCCCUGCAAACUGCAAAGAAGAAGGAUGAAACCAAAAUUGCAAAGCCUGUUUCGCUGCUUGAGAAAGCUGCGCCUCAGUGGUGUCAAGGGAAGCUACAAGCUCACCUCGUUGCGCAAACUAAUCUGCUCCGAAAUCAGGCUGAAGAAGAGUUAGUAAAGGCUCAGAAAGUGUUUGAAGAGAUGAACGUUGAUCUGCAGGAGGAGCUGCCUUCACUGUGGAAUAGUCGUGUUGGUUUCUACGUCAACACAUUCCAGAGUAUAGCAGGCCUAGAAGAGAACUUCCAUAAAGAAAUGAGCAAGUUGAACCAAAACCUCCAUGAUGUCCUGCUGGGUCUAGACAAGCAGUACGCAGGCAAUGCCUUUCCCGUUAAAGCACAGCCCAGUGACAGCACCCCAGCGAAAGCAAAUAAAAGCCCCUCGCCUCCACCAGAUGGAUCUCCCAUCACCAGCCCUGAGAACAAGACUGUCAACCAUGAGCUGGAACCAUCCACUUUGGAAGCGCCUGGGGCAAGCAUCCCAAAAUCACCAUCUCAGUUGAGGAAAGGGCCUCCGGUGCCUCCGCCUCCAAAAGUCACCCCUUCCAAGGAGAUCAAGCAGGAGAACAUCAUCAGUCUGUUUGAUGACAAUUUUGUCCCCGAGAUAAGUGUGACAACCCCUUCCCAGUUUGAUGCCCCUGGGCCCUUCCAGGAGGGAGCCAGCCUGUUGGAUCUGGAUUUUGAUCCCAUUAAACCAGAUGCCACUGUGGGGAAGACCCCCACACCUGCCUCCCAGUCUUUACCUUGGGAUUUAUGGGAGCCUGCAGAAGCAGCCCAUGCAGGAGCUGAAGCAGCUGGAUCAGAGGCAGCAGCUGGAGCUGAAGCAUCUAAAACUGAAGCUGAUUCAGGAUCGAGCUCUCUGCCUGCUGUUGUUGUGGAAACUUUCCCUGCUACUGUCAAUGGCACUGUGGAAGGAGGUGCUUCGUCUGAAAGAGCUGACAUGCCUCCAGGAUUUCUGUUCAAGGUCCAGGCCAUGCAUGAUUACACGGCCACUGACAGUGAUGAGCUGCAGCUGAAGGCUGGGGACGUGGUGCUUGUGAUUCCAUUUGAGAACCCUGAGGAACAGGAUGAAGGAUGGCUGAUGGGCGUGAAGGAGUCUGACUGGAUCCAGCGUAAGGAACUUGACCAAUGCCGAGGAGUUUUCCCUGAGAAUUUCACAGAGCGGGUGCAGUGAAAGCCUGAGCCCACCAGCCUUAUCUCUGCUGGAAGAGAGCAACACUUCUGGUAGAUAAUUGGAAAAGAGCGGCGAAAUGAAAAGAAGAGAGUAUUUUAAAGGAACAGAAGCUUGAAAAAAAAGUCAACUUGAAAGGGUGUGUUCGUCUCAAAGGGCAAGGUUUCAGAAGUAAAUUGAAAUUCAAAGUGUUAUCAAAAUAUAUACGUAUUAAUAAUAAUAAGGAGUCAAAUACCCUCUUCCCCCUUUGGUUUUAACAGUAUUUGGAUUCAGAGGACUGAUGCAGAAGCAACUCGGUGUGUUUCUCUAAAUACUGCAUUGACUGAAUUGGUGAGCUGUCAGUCUGAUCCCUGGAAAAGGCAGUAUUUGUCUAAUGGCUUGAGAGUAGAAGCUGCAUUUGCUCUUGGGUGGGUUCAUCUGUUUUGUCUUGAAGGUGGCUUGCAUGGCAACCGUAAAAACUCAGCCUUCCCUACACGUUCAACCUACAGUAGGCCAAACUUUCUGUUAUGCUGUUGAAAAAAAAUAUUUAGUGUAUAGUGUUCACCAAUACAAUGUAUGUGCGUGUGUGAGCGUGUGUGUGCAUUUUAUUUUCUUCCUUUAAAACAACGUUACACAAGCUGUGAUUUUUUUGUACAAGUAAAGACAGGAGAAACUACACGGAAAAGGCAUGGAGAAGGUGAAAUGUGUGAAGCUGUGCUCAGUCCAGAGUUCUUUCAAAUGCAAACACCGAAAUUCUCACAGUAAGGUUGGCCUGUGGAGGGGGAAAUGGACAAAUUUAAGAAGAGGAACAAGACAAAACAAGAGGGUGCCAUUCAGAUGGCUGUGAAAUUUAGGAGAAGGAAUCCUCUGCUCCCAGAACCCUGUAGGUGAUUUCAGAAAAGCUUAGAUUCGUGUAGAUGGAAGAUAGCUCUAAAAUCUGUCUGGUUAGAAAAUUUGCUUUUUAAAGAAAGACAUAAGGGAAGAAAUUACUCUUUUUUUUUUCUCUGAAAGAACAUCUAAGAAAAGCCAAAUUGCUUUCUGUGUUUUUAAUUGGAGUUGUUAUUCAUGGAAUUGUGUUUCUUAUUUUCCUUUGAAGAGUUCUGUAAGUGAAAUACUGUUAGAUCAGCUUUCUCCAGUGCUGUGCUGGUUAUCAAGUUAACCUCUAUGAAAACCGAACUCUUGAAGUACUCAUUUAAAGUGGCUGCAUGACUUCAUGAUAUUUUAAUGCAUUAGAAAGGCAGGCAAGAAUAUCAAAAGUGUCAGUGUCAAGACACUCUGCAGUCUAAUACCAAUGAUGAGACCUUUCCUUUUCUCCUGUUUGGUUUUGAGCUUUGUUUUUUUUUAGUUUAAAAAAGCAGAUGACAGGGCUGUUUCAAAGUGCAUAUUACACCUGUUGAAAUAAGCUGGUCUGACUCUCCAAGACUCUGAAGUCCCACAAAGGUACUUUAAACUUUACUUGAAUACUGAUGCAGCUGACAAGCAGGUUGGGCUAUUAUUUUUUGUAUUGCUUUUUUUCUCCCCCCAUCGUGAUCUCUUUGCCUUGAAGGGAUUUUUAACAGUGAGGAUACCUCCUGCUGUAAAGGGACAAGAUUACUCUGGAAUAGCCUUCCUAACCGUUAGGAGCUGGCUUUUGUCAAAGAUGCACAAAAUGCUGACACAUGCUAGUGAAAAUCCCACCUUUUUCAAUCUCUUUGAUCAUUUGUAGGACAAUAGGGAAAGCAUUGUAGGGCAAAAGGGGUUGGUUUGUUUUUUAAGUUUUAGUUCAGAGGGACAGAUCAGAUUUUGAUUGGAAAAUAUAUUCUUAUAAGUGCAAGAAUUGCUGGAGCUCCUCCUGCAUCCAGCUUGGGAGAUGAUCUUUGCUAGUUAUUUACAGCAGUGUAACAGACAUCAGAAUAUGUCCCUUAUACCCAAAUCCCUUCUCUUCCUAUUUUUUUUUAGGGAAACAUUAAGGAAUUUAUAUUUUACAUCAUUGUUACAAACCCCAAUGGUAUUUAGGAGUAACUGCUCACAAUACAGAAGGACUGGACUCCAAAUUACAGUGUUGUGAGCUGUUGCUUUCGAAUACUGCCCUGUUGGAUUAUUUUUUUUGUUUCUUUUUUGCCAGGAUUGGCUUUAUUACUACUCUUUCCCCCAAAUACCUAUUUUUAUGCAUUUCUGACUCCCAUUACUCCUUUAAAGAAUAUUCAUAGAAUAAAUAUACAUUUAAAUAAACAUAGAAAUAUAUAUAUUAAAAGUGGGUUGAUCCAACUAACAUAAUGCUGACAGCUUAAAAUGUUUAUUUUUAUGCAAAACCUGUGGAUUAUUGUUUUGUGGUUUGUUGUUAUUUUUUUUUUAACAGAAAUGACAAGAUUCUAAGUACCAGAGCUGUGACUUUUUGUCAUGUCAAGCAUUUAGAAAGCUGUGCUGAUACCUAAUUUAUUAUGGGGUUGUGUUUUUUUUGCUGUUGUUGUCUUCUGCUGUGUUUGAACCAGAUGACUCUCCCAACAAAGAUCCUUGUAAGGCCUUUUCAUUUUAUUGAGCUUGCAGAGCACCUAUCCAGUACUGUAUUGUCCCUGCAGAAGUGGUAGCACUCUGUAAAAAAGGGAUGUUGUUUUCAGGUCAUGUGAAUGAUGCUCAGAUGUUGCUAGUGGGGGAGGAUGUUGCCUCUCACCCAUUUGCUUCCCCCCAACCCCCCAAACCCCUUGCUUAGAGCAUGCAGGGUAUGGGUCUUGCCUUGCUCAUGAAUAAGUGGUGUCAGCACUUCUCAAUCAGACUCUAAAAUUGCAGGACCCAGCCCACAGUUUAUAAAAUGCCUUAUCUGAGAGUAGGAUGACAUAGCAGGAAGCUUGUAGAUGGCAGUGUUUUUUGGAGCCAGGACAUCUUAUCUCCUGGGUCCUGUUCAGCCCAUUGUAAACAGCCACAACUCCUCCCAUUUUCAGUAUUUUUACAUCUGCUAAAUACCUUGAUUCUGGUUGGUAUUACCUGGUGAAAUGAGCUUCCCAUUUUCUUUGGCUCAGGACUGAUUCAAAUAGAAAGAGUGACAGUAAACUCCCAAGUAGGCUGUGCCCACAGUGGUUUUUCAGUUUGCAGGCUGAACUGAAAAAUCUGGGGAAAAAUGUUGCAAAGGUGACCUGAGACAACUUUUAUUUGUUUGUUGGUUUUUUUCUCAAUGAAAAAGGAAAAAGUUGAAACAUACAAACACAAAAAAAUCCUUUCAAACCAAACCCAAGCAUUCAUUGGUAGGGUUGCUUUUUCACUUUUUAGAAUACAUGAUGUGACUUGGGCUAUAAAAUGUUCCUUUGAAGCAAAAAUGUGAAACUUUGUUUUGAAAAUGCUGAAAGAAAACGUUUUAAUGUUAAUAGUGUUUUUGCCUUUGACUUUUUGUUUAAUCUAAUGACUGGUUUCACUUAACCCUAAGCUGCAUUUUUUGGUGAAUACAUUAUCCACUGAAGAGAACCCAAAGAAGCCUUUUGCCCAGUUCUGCUCCACUGGACACAUUUCAGGGAUUACUUGGCAUCUGGCCCAGCAAAUCUGCUGUUUCCCCAUCUAAUAAUCUUCCAUGUCAUUGUUUUACUGAGUGAACAAUAAAAGCAUCUCUCAUCCCAUGCCA